CCAGAAUGCGGCGCCCCAAUAUACUUUAUGCAAUAUCCUGUUUCUUAUUACACGUUUCUAAUCGCGUUUACGUCCACGGCCAUGGACGUCUAAUGGAUCCACCAGCGCGGAACAGUAUGUGGAGGUUUGGGUAUCCGAAUCCUGUGAACUACAACGACAACGAGCUUUUUUGCGGCGGAUAUGCAGUGCAAUGGGUGCAGAACAACGGACAAUGCGGGAUUUGUGGUGAUCCUUACCACUUUCAAGAUCCAAAACCACACGAGGCGGGCGGUGAAUACGCGAAAGGAACUAUUGUCAGACAUUACACAUCUGGUCAGGAAAUCGAUGUCGAAGUUGAGCUUACGGCGAAUCAUUUAGGAAGAUUCGAACUGUAUCUUUGUCCAAACAAUAAUCCAAGAAACGAGGCAACCCAAGAAUGUUUCGAUAGGUAUCCUUUGUAUGUUUCCGGAACUCGGGACGUUCGCUUUGAGAUUCCUUUAGACACUGAGAAAAAAGCUAUAUUUCGAUACAGGGUAUCUUUACCAGCAUACGUUACUUGUUCUCAAUGUGUGAUACAAUGGAAUUACUAUACAGGGAAUAUGUGGGGUAUUUGCGAGAAUGGAACGGAAGCCAGUGGUUGUGGAAGACCUGAAACAUUUCGAAAUUGUGCGGACGUCAGCAUCGUUACGAGUACAGCUGGAGUGCCACCCCUCUUUGUGCAACAGGACAAUCCCUUUCUGCUCUAUUACAAGGACUAUCGUUCUCCAAAUAAUAUAUUUCCACUUGUUGUUAGAUCUCAGAUUUGUGUACCGACUCCUCUUUACCGACGCAUACCAGGAAUGGGAGAUUGGUGUCAAAAUAAUUGCCUUCGUUAUCCACCGAACUGUCCAUCACCUAUCUGCCAAUGUCCGGAUGUAUGUGAUGCAAUUGGAGAAAUAGCUGGCAAAGAUGGAGCAAGUGUUUACUGUAUGGAUAAAUGCCUAGUCCACCCGCCCAACUGCCCGUCUCAUCGUUGCCGUUGUUAUUGAGCAAAUUAAGUGAGAAGACCUACGAAACAGGUAG